AGAUUUUAUUUUUCUUUCCUGUUUCUAUCAAUUUUUUAUUUUAAAAACUUAUUACAUCCAUGAUGGAAGAUCUUCGUAUUACUGGCUACAACGCCCUUUUAACUCCUGCUUUCUUACAAGAGGAAUUCCCUACUUCUGAAAAAUCUCAAAAGACAUCCACCACUGCUCGUGAUCAGUGUUCUCAAAUUCUUCAAGGUAAAGACGAUCGUCUUAUUGUCAUUGUCGGUCCCUGUUCUAUUCAUGACACUGAAGCUGCCAAGGUUUAUUGUCAAAAAUUAUUAAAGGUCAAAGAGAAACAUGAGGGUGAGCUGGUCAUUAUUAUGCGUUCUUACUUUGAGAAGCCCAGAACCACUGUCGGCUGGAAGGGUUUGAUUAACGAUCCCGAUAUCAACAACAGUUACGAUAUUAAUAAGGGUCUCCGCGUCGGCCGUAAGCUUCUCUGUGAUCUUACUGAUAUGGGUAUGCCAGUUGCUGUUGAAUUGCUUGAUACCAUCUCUCCUCAAUAUCUUGCUGAUCUUAUGUCUUGGGGUGCUAUCGGUGCUCGUACUACUGAAUCUCAACUCCAUCGUGAAUUAGCUUCUGGUGUCUCCUUCCCUGUUGGUUUCAAGAAUGGUACCGAUGGUAAUGUUCGUGUUGCUAUCGACGGUAUCGGAUCUGCCUCUGCUCCUCAUCAUUUCUUGGGUGUCACCAAGAAUGGUACUGUCAGUAUCACACAUACCACUGGUAACUCUGAUUGUCAUGUCAUCUUACGUGGUUCCAACCACGGCCCUAACUACACCAAGGAACAUGUUGACGCUGCUAGAGCUGCCUGUGAGAAGGCUGGAUUAAGAGCAAAUAUCAUGAUUGAUUGUUCUCAUGGUAACUCCUCUAAAGACCACCGCAACCAACCCAAGGUCUCCAAGGAUUUAGCACAACAAAUCGCUGCUGGUGAUGAUGCCCUUGUUGGUGUUAUGAUUGAGUCUAAUAUCAACGAAGGUAAGCAAAGUGUUCCCGAGGCUGGUCCUGCUGCAUUGAAAUACGGUGUCUCCAUUACCGAUGCUUGUGUCGAUUUCGCAUGCACAGAAGAUAUGUUGGAUGAAUUGGCUGACGCUAUUAAGACAAGACGUGCUCUCAGACAUUAAUUAUAAUUUUGAAAAAAAAAAAAAGUAUAAUCAAUCAUCAUCGAAGCAUCAUCUUGUAGUAAUAUUCAUUUCCCCAAACAAACCAAAAAAGAAACCUCUUCUAUACAUAGUCUCUCUCUUCAAAAUCAAUUAAAAUAUUAGAAUUUUUUUAUUUAUUUAUUAAAAAAACCAUUUUUUUUUUUUUCGCUAUCU